CUGAAACUCAGCGUAUAACGAUGGGUCUGUGACAUGCAUGGAACAGGAGUGCGUGAUGCAUUGACGAGAUCGCGCAAUUCAAUGUAGAUAACGAUCGCUUCGUAAUCCAAGAAACACAAAAUAACCACGAGGAUAAAACUCCAGGGCAAUGUAAAAAGAAAUAGCGAUUGGCAGAUUUCACAAACAAUUCUGAGCAAGUAAACCAGAUUCCUGAAGCAUCUCUUGCAUCAUGGCGCCAGCCCCCAUUGUGCCCGCUAUUUUGGACUAUGUUCAACCGCGAAAGGAUACCCUAGCCCUACCUGCAACCGCAAGAGCGCGACUCGAGAAAGCAGGCAUUGAUUUGUCAAACGGUUAUCCGUACCGUCCAGCAAAGCCUCUUUACCUCGACGACGUUAUUGCGAUCCGAAACGAGGAUCGAGAACAUGUCGACCCUGGUUCGCGAGCUGAUCCAGAGAAGAAAGCUCUACUUGGAGCAGCCGAAAAGGUCAUUCAUUUGACUAAACAUAUUGGUACCGAAAUAGUCGGCCUGCAGCUGAAGGAUCUUACAGCUCAGCAAAAAGAUGAGCUUGGGCUUCUGAUUGCAGAAAGAUCCGUCGUCUUCUUCCGUGAUCAGGACAUUACCCCACAACAACAAAAGGAACUUGGACAGUGGUUUGGCGAAAUAGAAGUGCAUCCGCAAGUGCCGCAAGUCCCAGGCGUGGAAGGAGUGACUGUGAUAUGGCCUGAGCUUCAAGCCACCGAGAAUGAAGCAAACUUCAGACGUCCAGGGGGCGCGUCUCGUUGGCAUACAGAUCUUGUCCACGAAAAGCAACCUGCUGGCGUCACUCAUCUUCACAACGAUACUGUUCCUGAAGUCGGCGGUGACACCCUCUGGGCGUCGGGCUAUUCUGCAUAUGAAAAGCUCAGCCCUGAAUUCCGUAAGUUGAUUGAUGGCAAGCAAGCUAUCUAUCGCAGUGCCCAUCCAUACCUCGAUCGUAAUGAUCCAACUGCUGGACCCAAAUAUGUUGAGCGUGUCCAUCCCCUCGUACGGGUACAUCCGGCGACAGGAUGGAAAGCUUUAUGGGUCAAUCGCGCAAUGACCGUUUCUAUUGUUGGUUUGGAUAAGGCGGAAAGUGACUUGAUAUUGGGCUAUCUGUAUGAUGUGUAUGAGCGGAAUGUCGACAUUCAGGUUCGAUUCAAGUGGACACCAAGAACGUCCGCCCUUUGGGACAACAGAAUCACUAUACAUAACGCAAGCUGGGAUUACGAGAACUCCGAGCCCCGACAUGGCACUCGAGUAACUUCGCUCGCUGAGAAGCCGUUCUUCAAAGCAGACGCCCCCACGAGAAGAGAGGCGUUGGGACUGGUUUCACAAUAACGUCGAUAGCUCUUUAUUUGAGUUUGAACUGGUCGCAGGUAUAGGCUACGAAGUGCUAGCCCAAGGAGAAGGACAUGUCUUGAAAGCGUUUCAGUGAAAAGGACACCAUGCGGCCAGGAAUUAGACGUACUAGUCAAAGAAGCCCGAUAGAAAUUCUCGCGCAGGUCAUCUCCAUG